UCUACUUGAGUAUACUUUAUUGGUUCAAGGGAGCUCACAGAAAAACAUUCCGUCUCAGAGAUAUCCAGCAAUUUCUUUUCUUUUCUCUUCUUCCAAUUUUAAUAAUCAAACACCAACAUAUGAUUGUUUGAUCAGUAGGUACAUAAGAUUCUGCUAUAGGGGCCAAGAACAAUGACCACAUCACUUCUAAUUCCAUUGUCACCUUGUUCUCCUAUACUCAGCUGGGGGGAGAAGAGCAGGUUUAGAUGGCAUGCUUUUUCGUUUCACUCAUUGAAAUCUAAAUCCCAUGUGAGAGGGUUCAGAGUUAGUGCUAAAGAGAAAACAGAGGAAAUCAAGAACCAAUCAUCAUCUUCAGCUGAGGAUGUCACAAAAAAGUAUGGCCUUGAAGCUGGUUUGUGGAAGAUUUUCAGCUCAAAGGAAGAUGGGAAGGGUAACGCUGAACAGAAAUCAAAGGGUGAUCAAGCCAAGGAGUUGCUUGCGAAGUAUGGUGGGGCAUACCUUGCCACCUCCAUUACUCUCUCAUUGAUCUCUUUCGCUCUAUGUUAUGCACUAAUUAGUGCUGGAAUUGAUGUCCAAAUCUUGCUGCAGAAGUUAGGAAUCUCAGCUGAUGAGACUGGGGAGAAAGUUGGCACUUUUGCUUUGGCGUAUGCAGCGCACAAAGCUGCUUCUCCAAUUAGGUUCCCUCCUACCGUAGCUCUUACCCCGGUUGUGGCUGGUUGGAUUGGAAAGAAAUUUGAUAAAGAUAAAUAGCUGCUUGUUGUAAUCUGGGUACCUUAGGAUACCCGUCAACUUGUAAUGUGCUGCUCCAUUGAUAAUAUUAUCAUUCCCAUUGCUAUGACUAAAUGUGUAUCUUCCCUUCACCCUUAAAGGCACGUACAUUCUUGUUAUUAUCAAUGGCAAUAGAAAUUAAUUUAAAUGAUAAACA